AUGAAACUAACUUUAAAAGAUGAAUUUUCGAAUAAAAAUUUACUUGACUCAAAUGCACAGUAAUCAGAUAGCAAUAUCUAAAGUGGACCAAUACAGGCUCAGAGAAAAGACAAUUCCUCGAAAAGACUUCUUUCAGAGAUACCCACUCCGGCCACAACUACUCAUGGCAAUGAUCCGUAACUAUAGAUGAUAAUCUAAAUUCUCAAGAAGAAUCCGGAAUUCAGAAACGACAAAGAUUUAUCAGUACUCGCACCAAUGCUGAGAGAAAUAAAGUUUUUUAAAGAGAGAGAAAUUUAAGAUCAUCAUUUGAUUGAUCUAUGCCUCGAACUAAAAUAUGAGCAAAUUGAAUCAGGUAGUUUCGUCUUCAAAUAAGGUGACUACGGGGAUAAAUUUUAUAUCAUACUUAAAGGAAAAGUAGCAGUACUUAUCCAUAAUAGCAAGGGUAAUAAGAAAAUAUAGAAGUAUAGUGGAAGUUUUAGAGUUCCGAAGACUAAUUUUUCUCUUUUCAAAAAUAAGAAAAACCUAGCCGAUGAUAAUAAGAGAAAUAAUUCUUAGAACUUUUCAAGCAUGCUGAAAAAGUAAAGAGGGAGUAAUUUAUCACAAGCAAGUCAAAUGACUGGCACAUUAAAUGAAGAUUUCAAAAUUGAAGAAGAACCUAAUGAGAGUGUAUCUUCUCAGGAUUCAUUUAGAAGUCAUAUGUCUAAUAUUGAUAAGCCUCAUUAAACACCUCUUGAACUGCCAUCAUUUAUUGGAGAAAUUGAACUAAAAAAGCCCUAAUAAAAAUAUAGAGGGAGUACUGUAUCUAGCCAUCAAAUAAAAUCGUUGUUUAGCCCUUAUUAUAAUGAAGACCAAUAAUAAAAGGAGAAGGAAUUGGAAGAAUUCAUGACAAAGAAUAUAGAAAUUUCUCAGCUUUAAAGUGGUUCUUGCUUUGGGGAAUUAGCAUUAAUAGAGUAAAAGCCCAGAAUGGCUUCAAUAAGAUGUGUUUAAAAUACUCAUUUCGCAGUUAUAUCAAAAGUUGAUUACAUCAAAGUUCUUGGCAUAAUCGAAAGAAAGAAAUAUAAUGAGAAAAUACAAUUCUUACGAAGUUUGCCCUACUUCAACUAACUUACAAAAACUUCGCUAGGAAAGCUGACCUACUAGUUCACAGAUAUUAAGACUAUAAAGAAUUAAGUACUUUACAGAGAGGGAGAGCCAGCAGAUUAUGUUUAUAUUGUAAAAGACGGUCAGUUUGAAGUUACACGCAAGGAAAAAAUAAGAGAAAAUUAUUAGGAAAAUGCUAAAUAAAUUCUAGAAAAUCCGCUUAGGUCAAUGAAAGUCAAUAACACCAAGGGACUUAUUACUUCUAAAGCCAUGAAAUGCCACAAAAUUUAUCUAUACAGACUAGAAAAGGGUAAUCUGAUAGGUGAUGAGGAUUUAAUCUAGCAAAGUGAGUUUUAUUAAACUAGUGUAAUCUGCACAUCAUUAACAGGGUUAGUGGGAGCAAUGAAACGUGAAGACUUCCUUAGACUUGAAAAUUAAUAAUCUGCUUGGAAAUAAUUGCAAAUCAAUGCUUCUCAAAAAAUAUCUCAGAUUAAGAAAAAUAUCUGUCUCAAGAAUGAUGUAAUCAUCUCACUUAAUGUUGCAUAAAAAGCUCAAACUGAGGUAAAUACUCCAAAGAUGAAAACUAGGGAUGAAAAAUUAAAAGAACUAAAGGAUCAGACAGAGUAGUUUAAAAAGAAUUAGUUGUCUCUAAUUGAUAGCCUUGUUAACAUAAAUAAGGAAUAGUAGAUAAGGUAGAUCUAAUAGUCAAACUUAGAAUAGUAAUUGUAGCUAGAUUAGUCAUUGGCUUCCCAACGCCCAUCAGAUUCCUUAACUACAAGAGCUCUUAAGUAGAACUGGAUUAAAGAAGACCUUAAGUUCAGAGCAGCAUAGUAAGAGCAGAUUUCAUCAUAAAUAAGCACUCAAUUAUAGAAUUCAAGACAACAAUAAGUUAGAAGUUCUUAUGAAAGUGUUCGAAAGAACAAGGUCUUAUUCAUUAAUAGUAAUCAUGAUUCUCAACAGUAGCAUUUGCAAAGUGCUCGAGGGCUUUCAACCCCUGCCUUUGAUUUCUCCGAGUAAAUAAAUACUUAAUCUAAAAAUAUGAGUGCCAUCACAGGAAGUAAUAAAAUGCUUACUAAAUUUGAAACUGAUUCAAAGCAAAAUUUGUUUACUCCAGCCUUAAAAGAUAGCAGACUGACUACUUACAUUUAAAAUGCAUAGAACUAAGUUUAAUAGAUACAGAUGAAUUUCUAAUAAAAGUAGUUCCCACUAAAGAUGAAUAAUUUCCAUUAAAAGCAUUACUCAAUAAAUGAGCCAACUAGGCAUAGUGACACAAGACUUACCAGUCUUCAGCCCAUCUCUCAUCAGUAAUCGAUUUCUUAGAGACAAUCUUUAUCACCUAAAUUUAAUGGCUAGAGGUUGUUUGCUAAUCAAACUCUUCUUAAGCAAAUGCUAGCUAAGAAGUAGUAAAACAUUCUUAGGCCAUAGGCAGUUAGUAUAAAUCCUCAAAGAUAAAAAGAAAAUAUGUGCAUGUCUUUAAUAGAAUUAAACAAUUAGCCUAGAGUAGCAAAUAAUUCCUUGAUGGCAAGAAGAAUCUAAAAUUUUACAGCAAAUGUGAAUAUUUAGAACAAACUUAUUAGAUCAACUCAAGUAUCUAAAAAUCGCUACCAAAGUGACCUGAAAUGA